ACGUCACUAGCCAUCAGUCCGCAAAACUGCGAGAGAGCGAGUGGCGAUAGAAGGGAAUAGCAAAGCGGCGCUGGGGGCGGCCAUUUUAGGAGUAUCACGGUUGCCGAAUACAUCUUCUGAAAUUGUUUUUCUUGAGAGAGCUAUAUAUUUUAUUAUAGGCGAGGAUAUAAUACGUUUGUUUUUAUUUUCCCGUGUUGUAAUUCGAAUUUGGGAUGCAGAUCAGAAGGUAUAAACAUUUUGCAUCCGUUGUCGGACUGGUCCUCGGACUAUUAUGUGCGGUGGAGGCAGCUAAAGUUAAUAAGCACAAGCCAUGGAUCGAGACGACGUAUCAUGGCAUCGUAACAGAAAAUGACGACAAAGUACUUCUGGACCCUCCACUUAUCGCCCUGGACAAAGACGCCCCACUGCGCUACGCAGAAAGUUUUGAGGUGACCUUCACCAAAGAAGGUGAGAUUUGUGGCUUCAGGAUCCAUGGGCAGAAUGUUCCCUUUGAGGCAGUGGUCCUGGACAAGUCCACGGGUGAGGGAGUCAUUCGAGCUAAGGACAAGCUGGACUGUGAACUCCAGAAGGAGCACACCUUCACCAUCCAGGCCUAUGACUGUGGAGAGGGCCCCGACGGAGCCAACAUGAAGAAAUCUCACAAGGCCACUGUCCACAUCCAAGUGAACGACAUCAACGAGUAUUCCCCAGUGUUCAAGGAGAAGUCCUACAAAGCCACGGUCAUCGAGGGUAAGAAGUAUGACAGCAUCCUGAAGGUGGAGGCAGUGGAUGCCGACUGCUCAUUCCAGUUUAGCCAGAUCUGCAGCUACGAGAUCGUCACCCCAGAUGUACCCUUCACUGUUGACAAGGACGGCUUCAUCAAGAACACAGAGAAGCUGAACUACAGCAAAGAGCGCAUGUACAAACUGACGGUGACUGCCUACGACUGUGGGAAGAACCGCGCCUCAGAAGAUGUGCUGGUCAAGAUUAACAUUAAGCCCACCUGCAAGCCCGGCUGGCAAGGUUUCAACAAGAGGAUUGAGUACGAGCCUGGCACAGGCAGUCUGGCCCUUUUCCCCAGCAUGCACUUGGAGACCUGCGAGGAGCCAAUCACCUCCAUCCAGGCCAACAUCGAGCUGGAGACCAAUCACAUCGGAAAGGGCUGCGACCGAGACACCUACUCUGAGAAGUCCCUGCACAAGCUAUGCGGCGCCAGCGCCGGCACGGUGGAAUUACUGCCUGCACCAAGCAGCUCUGCCAACUGGACGGUGGGUCUGCCCACAGACAAUGGGCAUGACAGCGACCAGGUGUUUGAGUUCAAUGGCACGCAGGCCAUCAAGGUGCCCGAGGGUGUGGUGAGCACCAGCCUGAAGGAGCCCUUCACCGUCUCUGUGUGGAUGAGGCACGGCCCCGGGGCCAGGGAGAAGGAGACCAUCCUCUGUAACUCGGACAAGACCGAGAUGAACAGACACCACUACUCCCUCUAUGUCCACAACUGUCACCUCAUCCUGCUGCUGCGUCAGGACCCCGCAGAGACGGAGAACUACAAACCAGCGGAGUUCCACUGGAAACUGGACCAGGUGUGUGACAAAGAGUGGCACCACUACGUGCUGAACGUGGAGUUCCCCUCCGUGGCUCUCUUUGUAGACGGGGCCACCUUCGAGCCCUUCCUGGUCACCGAAGACUACCCCCUGCACUCCUCCAAGAUCGACAUGCAGCUCACUAUCGGCGCCUGCUGGCAAGACAACCCAGGACAUGACAAAGACAAUGAGACAGUCUCUGAGCCUUCCACAGGCGGCAAUGCUCGCAUGUCCCAGUUUUUCCGGGGGAAUCUGGCCGGCCUGAUGAUCCGAUCGGGAAAGCUGGAGAACAAGAAGGUGAUCGACUGUCUUUAUACCUGCAAGGAGGGCCUGGAUGUGCAGCUGCCUGAGGAGGUGGCCUCAGCCGUCAAGGUGGCAUUCAACCCCAACCAGUCGUCGCUGACCGUGGAAGGCGAUGACAUUGAGGCUUUCGACAAGGUCAUGCAGCAUAUCUCCUACCUGAACUCACGCCAGUUCCCCACCCCCGGCAUUCGACACCUCCGCGUCUCCACCACCGUCAAGUGCUUCAAUGAGGAGACGUGCAUCUUGAUACCGGAAGCGGCGGGAUACGUGAUGGUGCUACAGCCCGAGGAGCCCAAGAUCAGCCUGAGUGGCAUCGACCACUUUGCCCGCGGCGCUGCAGAGUUUGAGAGCCCCGAGGGCGUGACUCUGUUCCCCGAGCUGCGCAUCGUCAGCACCAUCACCCGCGAGGUUGAGGCUGAAACCGAGCCAGAGGCCCUAGAGGGGGCAGAGGGGGCAGAGGAUGACCCCACAGUUCAAGAGACUGUAGUGUCGGAGGAGAUCAUGCACAACCUGGACACAUGUGAGGUGACUGCGCUGGGCGAUGAGCUAGACGGAGAGCAUGAGACCUUGGAGGUGGACCAGGCCCAGGUCCAGCAGCGCGGCCUGGAGAUGACCUCCUCCAACCUGGGUCUCGUCCUGACAGGCGUCAACACCAUGGCCAACUAUGAGCAGGUCCUGCACCUGAUUCGCUACAAGAACUGGCACACAGAGGCUCUCUUUGACAGGAAGUUCAAGCUGUUCUGCUCCGAACUCAACGGCCGCUACAUCAGCAACGACUUCAAGGUCGAGGUCAGUGUGAUCCACACAGCCAACCCCAUGGACCAUGCUAAUAAUGCCAUGGUGCAGCCCAAUUUCAUCAACCCAGUGCACCACGCCUCUGUGGACCUGUCCGGACACAACCUGGUCAACGCUCACCAGGCUUCAGUGGUCCCCAGUGCCGCCACCAUCGUCAUUGUGGUGUGUGUCAGCUUCCUGGUGUUCAUGAUCAUCCUGGGCGUGUUCCGGAUCCGAUCAGCCCACCAGCACACCAUGAGGGACACAGAGGGCGGCAAGGAGAAUGAGAUGGACUGGGAUGACUCGGCCCUCACCAUCACAGUCAACCCCAUGGAGACUUAUGAGGACCAGCACAGCAGUGAGGAGGAGGAAGAAGAAGAGGAGGAGAGCGAGGAAGGUGAGGAGGAAGAUGACAUCACAAGUGCUGAGUCGGAGAGCAGCGAGGAUGAGGAGGCCGGAGAGCCAGAGGACCAGCAGGGUGCCAGCAGACAGCAGCAGCUGGAGUGGGACGACUCCACACUCACCUACUAACACACACACACACAUACACACACUCAUACAUUUUCACAUGCACAUGCAAACACACACUUCUUACACACACUCAUAUACCUCACAGGAGGUUGGUGCCACAUUAAUUGGGGAGAACGGGCUCGUGGUAAUGACUGGAGCAGGAGUGGAAUGGUAUCAAAUACAUGGUUUCCAGGUGUUUGCCAUUCCAUUUGCUCCGUUCCUGCCAUUUAUUAUGAGCCGUUCUACCCUCAGCAGCCUCCUGUGAUACACACACUCAUAUACAUACUCUAACACACAUGACUCAUAGAAUUUAUCAUCCUCACUACCCCUCCUAAACAGUGGGGGCACACCCUUACAAAUUCCUUACCGAGGAGCCAUGAUGUAAAAACAAAACACAAAUCCCCCUUAAAAGCGAUAUAUUGUCAAGGUUUCCCUGUCGUCAUCUUAGUGGUGGUACUCUGUGUAGUAUAGUAAUCACCGGAUCGCUGAUUUCUUACUUUUUUAUUUUGAAUGUUUUAUUCCCGGGAAGACUUGGCCAACAUUUGCAUUUUGUUUUGAGCUACCGUGAGGAAACAACCUUGCACUUUUGUUUAGUUCUUUACUGAUGUAAGGCUUUCAAAAUGGAGAAUGAUUUUUAAAAAUGUAUAUUCCUUGCACAUCUGUUUUAGAUUUGUUUGCCGCUAAACGAGAGAAGCUUUGACCUUUUUUUUCUUUCUUUGUGCUUGAGUUGUAGUCCGGAGAGUGAAACGAGAUUACGUUUCAGACACGUAGACCGCAUAUUUACAUUUUUCUCCUUUUAGUGCAUGAGGAUAUUUGAACAAGUCAUAUGUGUAGAUGAAUAAAUUGCUUUUUAAUAUUUUGUAAAUAUGAAGAAACCAUGUAAUUAGUCAAUGUGUUAGUGAAGGCCUAAACAAAUGGGUCCAAUAUCUAAAAAGACGCAGUACGUCGUGUAGAAUAUUUGUGUCACAAAGGCUAUAGCAUGUUGCACAUUUUUUGGCAAAGCUCUUCCGUCAUACUUGUACAAAAUGUCCGCUUCAAGAAGAGCAACCCAGACCCAGAACUGUACACAAAGGUUUCUAUGGCAAAGUGUUGCUCAUUUUGUCUUUUCAUUUGCAAGGAGGUAGUUAUUUCUUUGCUUAGUGGGGACAUGACUGGUCGGUUUUUGCUUUCGGCUCCUCAGAUGCCACACUCCUCACAUGCUAUAUACAUAAGGGCGGGAGGUAGCCUAGCGGUUAGAGCAUUGGGCCAGUAACUGAAAGGUAGCUAGUUCGAAUCCCCGAGCCGACAAGUUUAUAAAUCUGUCAAUGUGCCCUUGAGCAAGACACAUAAUCUUAAUUGCUCCAGGGUCGCUGUUGAUAAUGUCAGACCAUGGCCGAGACCCCACUCUCCGACGGUGUCUCAGGGAGAGUUGGGAUAUGCAAAAAACACAUUUCCAAUUCACGUGUGAAAUAGGACAAAUAUAAGCACCCACUAAAUUAUGAUUAUUUCUUUGCUUGACUUGCACAGGUGGCAAUGCUGUACUCAAGGCGACAAUGUAUUUAAUUCCCAUUCUCGUCUGUUAUUGUACAGAAGGUAAUUUGAGGUCAAGAUGAUCACGUUCAGUAAACCACAGUCCGAUGUAGCUUAAGGUACUAAGAAAACAGCCAGCUUCUGCAGUUCCGCUAUCAAUUCACAAUGAGUGUAGAUAUUAAUAUUUCUGCUAGCACAUUAGGACCAGCAGAGAAUUCCACUCCAUCUGCAGCUUUAAAAAGCCCUUCCAUAUUCCAGUCCUGCCGUUGCAUCAAAAAUAUUAGAACAAAAAUACAAACGAAUCUCAGCAUACAGACGGACCUGAGGCGUAUGGUUCGUCUAGCUUUAGGAGGGCUCAAUUCAAUAGCACGGCUGCUGUCGUUCUUUGGAAGAGAAAUGAAAUGCGAGAACAUUUUGUCUGCUUCAUUGCAAAAAAACAUAUUUUUUAAGGAUUUUUUUCAUGGCAUGGCUAUUUAACCUGAAAUAAUAUAUUAGAUGCAUUUUUAAACGGUUUUCUCAUUACAGUUGAGCGUAGUCUCACUGCAGUUGUUUUACUUAUUUGAAGGAUAUUGAAACCUAAGUCAUAACAAAUACGAAUAAAUACGUGACUGCUGACA